UCGUCGCAGUCGGGCCCUGGGCCAGGUGACGUCAGCGCGCCAGGGCCGGCGGCGGGGCAAGACGGGCCCCGCGCCAGUGUCGCGCGCGCCGUCAGCCCGCUCGCACGCCACCUACCGAGCCUGAGUCAGCUCCACCAGCCGCGCUCGCCGCCGCCUGCCGCCGCCUGCCGCCCCCCUCCCGGCUGCCUACGCGAUCCUGACACUACACUGCCACAAGGUGCAAUGGUCAGAAGAUACGAAAGAAUGAGUGGACGUCAGUCCUGGAACGAAGACGACAUGGCUAAGGCCGUCGCAGCGGUGGUGUCGGGGAAGAUGGGGUACAAACUGGCCGCCAGGACCUACCACAUACCCCGCUCCACACUCCAGAGGCGCGCCAGCAAGAUACGGUACCAGCAACCUGACGAUCCCAAACCAUUGAUGGGCCACUACCGAAGGGUAUUCACAGACAGUCAAGAAAAAGACUUAGUUGGGUACAUAAAGAGUAUGGAGAAGUAUUUCAUGGGGGUCUCGAGGCGUGAUAUCCGAGAACUAGCCUUCCAAUACGCUGAAGACAACAACCUGAACCAUCCGUUCGACGUGAACACGCGGAUGGCGGGGGAGGACUGGGUGAGGAACUUCCUCAAGCGGAACCCCGAGCUGCUGGACAAGUCGGAGCACGAGUACGGGCUGGAGCCUGUCAACUUUGAUCAGUUCUACCACUUCAUGUGUCAGCUGUCAUGAUGACUCGUUGCUUAGUGCGUUCAAACUAGUUGUAAGUAAAAAGGUCAAGUUCGCCCCCGAGAGAGCCUCAUGAUUAAUGUAUGUAUGACAAGUGUGAAUCCAACCUGUGUAUACUGUAUGUGCCCACUUUUGUAAUCUGAACUGAGUAUAUGUUGUACUUGAAAUUGCUCAAUAACGCCGCACAUUCGAAAUCGAAAAUGUUUAAUACUGAAUGCCUUCUGGCAAUUGUAUCCACAAGUGGGAACAUGUGAUGUAUGCUAAGUAGUAGACUUUUUGAAACGUUUUCAAAUUUAUAUCGAGAAAUUUAGCAAAAAUUAGUCCAAGAGAGCCAAGCUCGAAAAUGCGAUGUUACCUUUGAUAUUCAUUCUUUAUUUGAUUAGAUAUUUAAUAUAUUAAUAUUCAGUGCCGUAGCCACCGUGGCCACGGGAAGCUGCCCGCGCGCCUCGCGACGCACUCACGGCUCUGUACUUAUCGAGUACUUACGAAGUCUAUAGUUGUAUCUGAUUUAUAGUUUAAAUUUUGUUAUUUAAUGGUACUAAAAGAUAACUUGCUAAAUUAAGGGCUGUGAUAACAGAGAAAGGUGUAUUUUUAUGUAACAUAUCUAAUAAGGUUACGUAUCUAUUUACAAAGACGGUAUCUGAUAUAGAAUAUUUAUUGUUUGAAGCAUAUAUUUAUUACAAAUUGCUUAAAUUCCGAGUGUUGGGUGUAGUAACGUUCCGUAACGAGUUAGUACCGGGGAGGUGCAAGCUAUCAGCGCCGGUGAUGUGCAAUGUUUCCUCCGCGUGUGCAAUAUGUAGCAUAGUACUUAGUGUGCAUUAAAUUGUCUGCAGACCGUCGCACAAAUGCGGCCAAUAACAUAUCUAAACAUUCGGGUCAUGCCACAGCAGAAUGCACAUACUCGAUAAUAACGCACAAGUAUUAUAACACAAACAGAUAUAAUGCAUAUUCAUCAAGUACCAAUAUUAAUCAGUAUGGCAUUAAGUACGUUACGUACGAUUAUUAUAUGCUAAUUUACAGCAGCAAAACUCUAAGGUAUGAAAGUACUUACUAAAUUUCCGUUCGUAUACCAACUCUAACAAAUAAUACGUGGAAGUAAGUCUGCUGGAACAAUACGCGGAGGCGAUGAGCGCCACGCGCGCAGUACCGCGGAGCUAACAUUUCCGUCGGCGCUCGGUGUUUGACGUAGCGAACAUUGCGCAGCGCUUACUGCGUUACAGCGGUGUCGCCGGUUACGGAACAUUUACCCUUAAUGAAUGCUGAUAACGAACGCGUCAGCCGCGCGCCGCCCGCGCCUCGCCCGCGCCGCGACGCACUCGCACCUACGUCACACAAACAUUUUAUAUAACACUAUUUUCGUGAUUAAGGGGUUGGUGAUAUUCGUGGGAUGGUUUGUGUUUGGUUAUUUCGUCUCUAGUUCAAAAAUGUUUGUGUUUGGUCCAAAAUUUCGUAUAGCUAUGUAUUAGCUUACAUAUUUAUCCCACUGUACCAAAUUAGUUAUAUUAUUAUAGUUGUUACCUGAUUCAAGUUUUGAUCUCUUUAACUUAGUUCAAAAUAGUGAAAUGUUUAUUUAUUUAGGUCUUGAAAUAUUGAAUAUUGUUGGUUUUAAAGAAAUUUUAUCAUUAAAAAGCAAAUACAUGUAUGCCAAACUAUGUUGUUAUUUUGAGAAU